ACGUAUUUCACACUCAAGUUUUAUUACACGGUCGUGAUGUGGACAUGGGUGUUUUUACGUGGCGUUCGGCGAUCUUUUUCCCUCGGUUUAAUUGUCUCAGUAGCUGACAGAUGUUGCCUGAAUUGAAAUUUGUGGUCGUUGCUUACUCCUGUCUCAUUUUAUGAGCAACAUGCUAGGUCAAUGAUGCACAGCUCAUUUCAUUCAUUGUGGCUAACGCUAGCUUGUGACUGGUCAAACGUACUCGACUGAACAGAUUUUGAGGGAAUCACAAUACACAAAAAUACAUCGAGGAGUGUUAUAUACAUUUUUAUAUUCAGACAACAAAGAAUGCUCGUCAUGAAAGAUAGCAAGUUAAUGCAUUAAGGUAAACUACUGCAUUAUGAUAUACCGUCCUCACUUGUUUAAACUAGCAUGGAUUAUGAACAUAAAGCCAAUUUGGUGGCUGAAUGUUUGCGGAGCUACAGGAACGACGAAUCUGGUUGGAAAGUCUGCAAAAAAUCGAAUGACGUGGUUGUGUCAUGGCGACCUUCAUCUGAAUUCCCUGGGAAUGUUUACAAAGGGGAUGGUGUUAUAAAUGGCAGCCUGGAAAAGGUAUGGGAAUGUCUGAAACCUGUACCAAAAGGACUCAGAGUCAAGUGGGACAAUAAUGUGAAAAAGUUUGAACUUUUGGAGCAGAUUAAUGAGGACAUCUCAAUCUGCCGAACAGUCACGCCCUCAGCAGCUUUGGGUAUCAUAGCUCCUCGAGACUUUGUGGAUGUCGUUUUAGUUCGACAAUAUGAAGAUGGCACAAUUUCAUCAAACGCUACUAACGUGAUUCAUCAGGGCUGCCCUAUUCAGUCUGGUUACGUGAGGGGAUUCAACCAUCCUUGUGGCUGCAUCUGUGUCCCCAUAGCAGGAGAGCCCAACAAAACCCAGGUCUUCACUUUCUUCCAGACAGACCUCGGUGGGUUACUUCCUCGCUCUGUGGUCGACUCCUUUUUCCCUUCCAGCAUGACAGAGUUCUAUAGCAAUCUGAUCAAAGCUGUUAAAUCACUCAAAGACCUUUGAAUUUCCAUCAGUCCUAUUUCUGUACCACUUGUCAUCACAAUGUUACUGUGUAGCAGAAUUCAGAGUACAGCCAGUUCACUGUUGAAUAUCAUUAUGAAGUAGUGUAAACUGUUCGUCAUUUUACUUGUAAUCGUUGUAAAUUCUCCCACAGACUUAACCUUUGUCCUAAUUUAGUACCAGCGCCUCAACAUUUUAACAUUGACGUUUAAUGUGCCGUGAGAUGGGAUGUUGUUUUUAAUUUACAUUUGUGUAUGUUUUAAUUUGUUACAUUACUUUUGUACUACUUUGUUAUUGUGCAUGUAAUUGAGGAAAGGUUUAAAAUACCCUUUAUGAUUACAGAAUUGUUUAAAUAACUUGAAGUAGUAUAAAAUAGUAUCAUACACCACACUUUUUGUUCAUGUAACAUGCCAUCUUGCACAGUACAGAUGUACGUUCCUCUCAAAAGUGGGUGCUGCUGAUGAACUUUGGUGAAUCUGUUAAGGCAUUCGAUCCUCAGCUAGGAAAAGGGUAGCGUAGCUUUGAACCUCUGGCAUAACAGCCUGCCAGAUGAUGACUGCCGUUACACCGGUGUAGGUUCACUAUCCCGAUCCCCUCACUAUCCAUUCGCGGGGCCUGCGCUUGACAGUGACGUCACGCUA